AUGGACUACGUCGAACAGCGGAUGGCCCAGGAGGCCCAGAAGGAUGUUGUGUCCAGUCCUGGAUUGGCUACGCCGCUCAACAUGCUCCUCCUGGCUGUCGUUCUCUACACGGCCUACGUCUUUAUGCGGCCAGCCGCACCGCCAGCCCUGGCCAAGGACCCGCCGGCCAUCGUCUUCCGCACGUUCACGCCGCGCUCGCUGCUGCCGCUCAACGGCACCGACGGCCAGCCCGUCUACCUGGCCGUGCGUGGCCGCGUCUUUGACGUCUCGUCGGGCCGCAACUUUUACGGCCCCGGCGGCAUGUAUGAGAACUUUGCCGGCCGCGACGCCAGCCGCGGCCUGUCCAAACACUCGUUUGACGAGGACAUGCUGACCAAGGACCUCGACGGCCCGCUCGACCCGCUCGACGACCUCGACGCUGACGAGCUCGAGGCCCUCCGCGGCUGGGAGGAGCGCUUCGAGGGCAAGUACCUCGUCGUCGGCCGGCUCGUCUCCGCCGCCGAGUACGCCAAGAUCCAGGGCGACAAGGCGUAG